ACCAAUGUUAAUCGCUUAAAUAUAAAAUAAAUAAACAAAUAUUAAUAUUAACAAAUGUUAAGUGAUUUUGGCAGUUGGUGGCGGUAAUACAAUAAGAGAAUAGGAAAAGCAGAAACAAAUUUAGAAACACGAAAGCAAAACAAAUCGCCCUGAUAUUGGCAUUUACAAAAUAAAUAGAUAAAUAGGGGCACAGAUAUACUUAGCAAAAUGAAUAUACAAAAUUUGCACGAACAAACCAUGCUGAGAAAUAGGCAGGAUUUCGCGAAGAAAGACUCGGUGAUCCUUGAAGCACGAUAUACGCUGUCUGACCUCUAUCCAAUUACGAGAUUAACACAGAAGAUGGAUAAUGUACUAAACAUAUCUGGAUCCACACACCCUAAGCCCACAGCUUUACAGCCCUACACAGUGGAACUAGUUACUGAAAAUGAUAAGGAUGUUGUAUUGGCUAUGCUGAAACAAUUUUUCUUCAAAGAUGAACCACUUAAUUCCUUCCUAAAUUUGGGUGAUUGUAAAGAACUUGAAGAAUACACAAUAAAAUGUAUUAAGGACAACUGCUCGUACAAAGCGGUGCAUACCAAUGGCGAAUUGAUUGGAGUUUUCUUGAAUGGACUUCUAAAGCGACCCCCGCCAGAUGAAGUUCCGGAAAAGUCAGCUGAUUCCUGCCAACAUCCGAAAUUCAAGAAGAUUUUAUCCCUCUUUGAAAGGAUUGAGGAAAAUUUCAAUAUUUUCGACUUUUACCCAAACAUCGAUACCAUACUCGACGGUAAAAUACUUUCGGUAAAUACUGAAUAUCGUGGUAUGGGCAUAGCUGGUCGCCUGACAGAACGAACUCUUGAGUACAUGCGGGAGCACAACAUUCCGAUUAUGCAUGUAUUGUGCUCCAGUCACUAUUCGGCACGCGUAAUGGAAAAAUUGGGCUUCCAUGAAGUCUACAAACUUAACUAUGCCGACUAUAAAGUCCACGGGGAGGUGGUGUUCGUACCAGCUGAGCCCCACGUUGCCGCACGUAUUUUGGUGAAAGAGCUUGAAGACGUCAAAUGCAAAAAUGCUCAAUAAAUACAAAAAUGGUAUUACAUACAUACAUACAUACAUACAUACAUACAUACAUAUGUAUGACGGUAAAUGUAACUGUGUCAAUUGGUUGUAAAGCAGUAAAAAUUGUGAAUAAUGAAUUUUUAGUUAUUAAUAUAAGCACUAACUUGGUGAGGGUUUAAUUUAAAUAAAUAAAAGUACAAUAAAAAAUGUUACUAACCACAAACGUCUUAUUCGUUAAGCAGAAUAGCAAACCGGCUUUUAAAUGUCGAAAGUCAAGUGAUGCAUUCCAGUUUAGGAUUGUCUAAAUGCAUUGUUUACUUCGGCUUGUUUUAAAAAGCCAGAAAAAUUAUAGUAUAUCAGCUUUUUCAAUAAUUUAUAUAAAUUAAUUAUUAGUUAAUAUACCUAAUUCGUGUGCGUUUGUUCAAUUUUGUGUAAAAAUGUAUUUAUGCUUGGAUGUAAAUCAUAUGGCUUGUUUAUAAUUGUAUUACAAAUCUUAUUUAAUUUAGCACAUUCGGUUUCUGGCGGAUUUGAAGCGUAAAAUUUUUUGAUUAUGUAUAGUAUCUAUGUGUGUCGUGUUGUAGGCAGCCCAGUUGGAAAAUAGCACACUGAUGAUAAAUUCGUCAUGACACACUGUCUUCUGUGGCUGAUGAAGAGACCAGACAAAAUGUUGACUUACUUCAAACUGUCAACGAGCAUGCGGAAUGCGAAGGUUUUCGAUGUCAUGUAUGCGGAGCUUAAAGACAUUAUUUGUCGAUUUCCAACUGGUAGGAAAGCAAGAUUAACUAUGUAGGUAUAUACUUGUAGAUAUAUGUGCAUAUGUACAUACACAGGUGUAUUUUUACAGGCGUUUUCAAACUGUAGCUAAUUUACUUAAUUAUCCUUUUGGUGCGAAGCAUCGGCUGUUUUUUUUUUUCUGCAAUUUGUCUGAUUGAAUUUUUCGUUCAUUACGCUUUCCCUCUGCACUUCACAGACACUUUCUCAUGGCUCAAAAGAAA